AUGGCGUCGGAGACUCAGAGAGGUCGAAGCCUAUGGGUUCCUGCUCUCCCACCAGGACAGGUCGCCCAUGGAAGCAGCACACAACUAGAAACCAACACAGCAGGCAGAGAUGCCGGUGGGCAGGUCAAGCGGUUGAAGCCAGUAGGCUCCCGCUCACCCCUGCACCCGAAGGAGGCAGCCAAGAAAUGGGCUGGCGGUGCAGUGCAGUUUCGAAGCUGUGAAGGAAGCAGAAAAGUCCAUUUUGAAAGCAGUGCACCAGCAGAUUUUAGAGUGGGUAAAGAUGGUGUAGUAUAUGCAGCUAGAAGCUUUCAGCUUUCUCCAGAACCUACUAGAUUCCUACUAUAUGCUAAAGACAAAGAAACGCAGGAACAGUGGGAAGUAGCAGUGAAACUAGUUCCUGACCCAGAAAAUACAGAAAAGGAGCAAAAGAAAAUGGAUGAUAUUGUAUUUCCAAGGCAGCAAAAUAAGCACAGUGGUCAUCUGCAAAGACAGAAGAGAGACUGGGUCAUCCCUCCAAUCAACUUGCCAGAAAACUCCAGAGGGCCCUUUCCUCAGGAAUUAGUUAGGAUCAGAUCUGAUCGUGAUAAAAGCCUUUCCCUGCGCUAUAGUGUUACUGGGCCAGGAGCUGAUCAGCCCCCAACGGGUAUCUUCAUCAUCAACCCCAUCACAGGUCAACUGUCGGUGACAAAACCAUUAGAUCGGGAACAAAUAGCUUCUUUCCACCUGAGGGCACACGCCGUGGAUGUAAAUGGAAACCAGGUGGAAAAUCCCAUUGACAUUGUUAUUAAUGUCAUUGAUAUGAAUGACAAUAGACCAGAGUUCUUACACCAGGUUUGGAAUGGGACAGUCCCUGAAGGAUCAAAGCCAGGAACCUAUGUAAUGACUGUCACUGCUAUUGAUGCUGAUGACCCAAAUGUAUUGAAUGGAAUGCUGAGAUACAGAAUCUUGUCCCAGGCCCCAAGCACCCCCUCUCCAAAUAUGUUUACAAUCAACAAUGAAACAGGCGAUAUUAUUACAGUUGCUGCUGGGCUUGACAGAGAGAAAGUACAACAGUAUACAUUAAUAAUUCAAGCUACAGACAUGGAAGGAAAUCCAACAUAUGGUCUUUCAAACACAGCAACUGCUGUCAUUACAGUGACAGAUGUCAAUGACAAUCCUCCAGAGUUCACUGCCAUGAUUUUCUAUGGUGAAGUCCCUGAAAAUAGAGUGGAUGUUAUAGUUGCUAAUCUAACUGUAACGGAUAAGGACCAGCCACACACUCCUGCCUGGAAUGCAAUGUAUCGAAUGACUAGUGGAGAUCCCUCAGGCAGGUUUGCCAUCUUUACUGAUCCAAACAGUAAUGAUGGUUUGGUUACUGUUGUAAAGCCUAUCGACUUUGAAACCAAUAGGAUGUUUGUACUCACAGUAGCUGCAGAAAACCAAGUGCCUUUGGCAAAAGGAAUUCAGCAUCCUCCCCAAUCAACAGCAACUGUAUCAAUUUCAGUCAUUGAUGUGAACGAGAGUCCGUAUUUUGUCCCAGACCCAAAGAUUGAGCGUAAAGAGGAAGGGCUGCCUGCUGGUACCGUCUUAACAACUUUCACUGCUCAGGACCCAGAUCGUUACAUGCCACAGACUGCUCUAAGGUACUCAAAGCUUUCAGAUCCCGCUAACUGGCUGAGGAUUGAUCCUAAUACUGGUCAAAUAACCACAACUGGUAUUCUGGACAGAGAGUCUCCACAUGUUAAAAAUAACAUGUACAAUGCUACAUUCCUUGCUUCAGACACUGGAAUCCCUCCGAUGAGUGGGUCUGGCACACUUCAGAUAAUCCUGCUUGACAUCAAUGAUAAUGCUCCCCGAGUGGACCCUCAAGAAGCUACCACUUGUGAGACUCUGCAGCCCAAUGCAACAAACAUCACAGCGCUAGAUGACGACAUUGAUCCAAAUGCUGGACCUUUUGCCUUUGAACUGCCGAUUAAUCCUCCCAGUGUUAGGAAAAACUGGACCGUUAUCCGUAUUAGUGGUGAUCGUGCCCAACUGGCUUUAAGGAUCAAAUUCCUUGAGGCUGGCAUCUAUGAUGUUCCAAUAAUAAUAACUGACUCUGGAAAUCCUCCCAAGUCCAGCACUUCUAUUCUGAAGGUGAAGGUUUGCCAGUGUGACAUAAAUGGAGACUGUACGGAUGCAGACAGAAUUGUAGGUGCAGGACUGGGCACGGGUGCCAUCAUUGCCAUUCUCCUCUGCAUUAUCACCUUACUCAUUCUAGUUCUGAUGUUUGUAGUAUGGAUGAAACGCCGUGAUAAGGAACGUCAGGCCAAACAGUUGCUCAUUGACCCUGAAGAUGAUGUCAGAGACAAUAUUUUGAAAUAUGACGAAGAAGGUGGUGGAGAAGAAGAUCAGGACUACGACUUGAGCCAGCUCCAGCAACCCGAUACUAUAGAACCAGAUGCCAUCAAACCUGUUGGAAUAAGACGACUCGAUGAAAGGCCUAUCCAUGCAGAACCUCAAUAUCCAGUCAGAUCAGCGGCACCGCAUCCUGGAGACAUUGGGGACUUUAUUAAUGAGGGACUUAAAGCAGCAGACAACGAUCCCACAGCACCUCCAUAUGACUCCCUCCUAGUCUUUGACUACGAAGGGAGCGGAUCUACCGCUGGAUCUUUGAGCUCCCUCAAUUCCUCAAGUAGCGGUGGUGAGCAAGACUAUGACUACCUAAACGACUGGGGCCCACGUUUCAAGAAACUUGCUGACAUGUACGGUGGAGGCGAUGACUGAAUACCAAGGUGGCCAACUUUGCUUUUGGACAAGUACAAAUCUUUCCACUGGUAUUCCCAACAAGCAUACAGAAGCUAGGCUUUAACUUUGUAGUCUACUAGCACAAGUGCUUGCUGAAGGCUUUGGCAUAGGCUGCAAACCAAUUUGGGCUCACUGGGAAUAUCAGUCAUCCAAUGCUGUUUGGAAAAGGAAAGCAAACAAUUGAGCUCAGUUACACUUGAAUUUUACAGUACAGAAGCACUGGGAUUUUAUGUGCCUUUUUGUACCUUUUUCAGAUUGGAAUUAGUUUUAUGUUUAAGGCUUUAAAUGGUACUGAUUUAUGAAAUGAUGAAACAAACCACAUUGGGGUGGGGAGAAAGUUAAAUCACCAAUAUGCUUCUACAUGCUUUUGUUAC